AUAGUGAGAAAUUAUUUCAGCAGUUUCAAAGACUUGUAAAGAUUGUGCAUGAUUAAUCCAAGCAACCCUUGUGUGGAAGUAUCAAAAGUUGGAAAUACAUUGUUAUCAAUCCUUGAAACAAAUAAGGUUCAUCAUCAAAUCAACGUUUCCACGCAUACGUGAUAAAUUCUUCCACGCAAAAAAAUGGCAUUUUCUUUCUGAGCUUCAGUCAAAUAUUGAGUUUUCCAUUCUGGAUAUUUACUUAUUGCAGCAUCAUAUCCUGGCCAUUCAGAGAUGUUGAUACAUGAACAUUUCCAACAAGGUUGAAGAAAUCACCACAAAAACUUGGCACCAGGGCUCUUUCAACUUCUCAACCUUGCAAUGUGGCACAUAAUAGGAAGGAGAGUUUCCGAACUGAGCUUUGGCCUAUCCCUUUUUAUCGGACCUUUCUACGUUUACACAUACAUCUUUGCUGGCUUCCUUCGUGUUACUAUCAUUUAUUCCGAAAUACUGGAGCUUUUAUUAUAUUUCCGUUAACGCAAAAUAAAUUUUGUCCUUUUACAGGAAAGACAAAUCGAGCGAAAUUUUAACACCACUUUCCCCACCAACACCAACUGUUUGACCUGGUUUGUUCGGGACAAAGCUCCUCAAUUGCAAGAUGUUGCAACACUAUCCUCAUGAUAGGUGGCAGAAUGCUUCACUCCAUGUAGAUGGUGCCAGACCUACUUAAAAUAUUUCCAAGCAUCUUCCAUUUUUGUUGGCAUAGGAUUGAGUCCCUUCGUUUUGCGUUGCUCAGACUAGGAAUGAAAAUUCUGAAAUCUACGACAUUGCCGACACGAAUUCUGUCGGUCGAUAUGAUCGAUGGAACAAGUGGGGCUCGUCACCUUCGCAAUCUUUAGGAACUUUUAGAAGGAAGUCUUAUCUUCAAACUCUGCAAGUGUUAUUGAGUAAUCCAGGAGGGGGGGGCUUUCUUUUUGUACACAUGUGGGACCACUUUCAAAUCCGGCAUGAAAUAUAACCUGUUUAUGAAAACUUCUAACGUUUCUGGAUUUGUUUUGGAUCCAACUUUCAUCACAACACUUCUCUGUGAGAUGGUCACUUGGUGUUAACCAUUUACCCAGGCGAGGGCUCCGAUCCGAGAAUCCUCCAAUAACUAACGGCGAGGGUGGGAAUGCUACCAAUCGGUAUGGGAGUGGGUGGGAUUUCCUGUCUGAUGUGAGGCUGUAGCGGAGUGGAGGUGACACGUAAGACGGGAGAUUGAGGAAAAGGCCUGGAACUUUUCGUUGCUGUGAGGUUAAAACACAAACAGUACUUUAUUGCUACAAAGCUGUCUUUCAGCAUACGGCUUGCUGCAACCUGACAGACUACAAAGCGGUCCACAGUCACUGCCUCGUCCUAAAAUUAGAUCGGAUACUUUUCUUUGAAAAAUAUUGAACUUUGCAACUUGUAACCUGGAAAGGAUUGUGAGCGAGAAAAAGCAGUUGAAGUUGCAGACACGCCGCUGCUCGAGUGAAUGCUGCAAGCCUGAUGUGCUCCUGUUUCAUUAAAAUUAAACAUUGAAUCGGAAAGGGGGGGAGCCCCCGAAUUCUUCGCUUUGGAGCCGUCAAGUAGGCGUCUAGCUGGAAAAGGGGGGAAUAUGGGAAACAGUAUGUGUUCCAGGCGACAGAAAAAGAUUUUUCAAACUUUGUUCUUUCUUACAAUAGUUUUUGGGUUCCUUUAUGGUUUGUUGUUAUAUUACGAGAUGCAUAAUCAGUUAAAGAAGGCGGAAACUCUGGCGUCGAAGUACCAGCAGCAUCAGGAGGCUUUAUCUGCACAGUUGCAAGUUGUUUAUGAACAUAGAUCAAGAUUAGAAAAAUCACUACAAAAAGAAAGAAAUGAACAUAAAAAAGCAAAAGAAGAUUACUUGGUUUAUAAGUUAGAAGCACAGGAAGCCAUAAACAAAGAAAAACAAGAUUCCAGUAACCGAUACAGUGCACUUAGUAUACAGCACAAAAUGAUGAAGAGUCAACAUGAAGAUCUGCGAAAACAAUAUACUGACCUACAUGAGGAACAUCUAAGACUUGGAGAGGACCACAAUAGAGCGAUGAGUGAGCACAACCGACGAUACCUGAGCCUUCAACAAGCUAAGGAACAGGAGAUUUCUAAACUGAAGGACAAUAUUUACAAUCUACUUGAAGAGAACAAAAAAUUGAGGAAGGCUCAUCAGGAUGUCCAUGUUCAACUCCAGGAUGUGAGGCAAUUGCAUAAGAACUUACUGUUGCAGCAUGAUCAGUUACAAGUGACUUUAGAAGACCACAAGAACUCCCUAUCAGCUGCAAAGGCUCAGGUGGAAGAAUAUAAACAACUAAGAGAAACCUUAAACAAAAUGCCGAGCCUAAGGCAAACUGAACAAAAGCCACCUUCCAAUGCAGAGAAACCUCAGCAAGAUGUUGCUGAGCCCUUGCAAUAUCACAACAAGCUGGGAGCACGAGACCAGAUCUCACAUAGAAGUGAAGGUAACCAGCAUAAUGAGAAUAAUGAUGUGCAGCUACAUGCUAAACUCAUAGCAGGGGAGAAUGAUGACACUAAAAUAAGAGAAGAUAAUGAAGAAGUAGAAGAGAGGCAGUAUGCUCAGCAUGAAAACUGGCAAAGGAAUAAUCAUCCAGCACGCUCAAAUUUGCAUAAACAAGAGUAUGAAUCACAGGAGCACCAUCAUGAAUGGGAACAGGAAGAAAAAGAAGAUCCGACAGUGGAUCACACAGAGCUCCAUAGGCAACAACAUGAGGAAGAAGAAACUGAACAUCAUCUGAUUCAUGAUCAGGACAAUGAAAAUUACCACACGGAGGAACAGGAUCCAACUAAAGGCAACCCUACCGAGAUCAAAAUGAAGCACAAGUCUCCUUAUGAGGAACAGUUGGAACAACAACGUCUAGCAGAGUUACGGGCAGAAGAAUCACGCAAACUGAAAGAAAGACAAGAUGCACUGCACGAACACAGACUGAGGGAGUACAUGGAUCGACAGGAACGCCUCCAGCAAGAAGCAGAACGGAAAGAAGAGUUGUUGCGAGAAGAACAAUUAAGGAAACAGUCAGUUUUUAAUAACGAAGAUGCUGUUGAAGAUGAUGAUGAGCAAGAUGUGCAUGAAGAGGAGGAAGAGGAUGAGAACAAUCCACAAGAGGAAGCUGAAGACGAGGACCCAGAAAUAGAAAAUGAGGAACAGCACACAGAACACGAGCAGGUUGGUGGAAAUCCUGAUCAACAGGAGGAUAACCUAGAUGAACAAUACCAGGACGAGGGAGAGGAAGAGGUCGAUGAGAAAGAAGGAGAUGCUAACAAGCAAGAAGAGGCAGUAGCUGAUGAAGCUAAUCAGGAGGGGGAGAAAGAAGAUGAAAAUUAUGAAGAGGAGGAAGAAGAUGAUGACCGGGAUGACCCUGCUGCAAGGACAAAUCGCCGGGCAGAGAUGUGACAUUCUUACAGUUAACUUUAUAAUGAUUUUGUUUCAUUAUCUAAGUUGAUUUAUUUGACCCACAAUAUUCUAAAGGAACUUUCACAUAAAGACAUAUAAUACAUUUUCCAGGUUAUUUUAAAAUUGGACAUAUUUAAAACAAUGUAUUAAAAUGCUUCAAAGACAUCUGCUUCCUGAUUGUUUGUUUGUAAUUUAUAAUAAGUUCAAUGUGAAAGAGUCCGCAAAAGUUCAUAGAACAAUUUUUUGAGUUGUAAAAUGUUCAGUCAUAUUUGUUUGAGGCAUUUUGUAACUCUUUUGAAAAUAAUUUUAUCAAUGCAAAAUCAAUUAUAACUUAAACAAUUCUUGAACAUGUCUGAACCUAUUUUCUAAUGAGUGAUAUUUAUCAUUAUGAUUAGAUGUUAAUUUGUCAACAUAACUAAUCAUGUAAUAAGCACUGCUGUUAUGCACUGCACACAGUGGGUAGCUUGUGACUUUGAGCAAAAUUGUAAAAUGAGGCGAGAGCAGUCACCUACAUUUUACACCCCUCCUGAUUUUGGUUUCCAUUAACUCAAAUCACCCAUUUUAUACUUUUGCUUGAAGUCAAAAAUCUAUCUGACCGUGCUUAUCGAAGUUAAAUCAGAGCAUUUAGCUUUGUUCUCCGCUUCAUAACAAAAUGUACUUCAUAAAGAACUAUUCUUCAUGCAGUAGUUAGUAAUUUAUCCAGUGUUACCAAACCCAACUUCAUUAUGUUAUUAAGUAAUAUUCUGUUCAAAGGAUAUUGAGCAAUAUUUUUUUCUGUGUAAUAGGAGGUUCAAUACAGAAAUAAUCCAUUUAUGUUCAAGGAUUUACUGUUUCUAUUUGUCUUUUUGUUUUCUGGAAGAAAAUUGUAUUUAAAACUGCUUUAAAACUUAUUGCUUUGAAAUGACAAUCAAAAGUUUUAAAAAAAAAGUAAAAAACCCAUGAAGAGAGAAACUGAAAAAAAAUUUUGGUUUGGUUAUUCUGUAUAGGUCCUUAACUUUCAUCUUGUUUCUGAGCAAGUAAAUUGGUGCAAUUUAAAUGUAAUACUUCAUUUGGGAGUUUGUAAGUUAUGAGAAUAAAUGAGUAUAUGAAGAACCAUAUAGUACCUGAUCCAUGAGGCGCACCAAUCUGCACAUUUAGUAUGGUGCUGAAAUUUUAAUAAUUGUAAUGCAUAAAAAUUUAAAGCUUUAAAAUUAAGUACAUAAGUCUUUAAGGCUUCUUUAAUAUCAAGGUGGCAGAAAGUUCCAUAAAAGCAAACAGUUAGAUUUUUCUAUAGGAUUGCUAAUUAUGUGGUGCAUAUGAUCAACUAAUACUUGUUCAAAUAAGCAAACAAACGUUGAUUUUUGAUAUCAAAUUUACAUGUACAAUGGAAUAGUUAUGAGUACAUUGUAUUAAUACAUCUACAAGGCAUUAGACCUAACGUUCACAUGUUUAUGCUUUACACGAACCUCCUCUCAUUUCCAUCUAUCCUAGUCAAUAAUAGUUCUAUUCUUUUCUUUUCUCUGACCUGUGUUUAUCUAGUUUCUCUUAGAUGCAUCAAUGCAAUUCGCUUCUACUACAACCUAUGGUUGUGACUACCCCCCAUUUUAGUCACUGUCUAUGUAAAGAAGUUCCUCCUGAAUUCAUGCCGGACUUAUUAUCUAUCUUAAAUAUAUGUUUUCCAUUUCUGGUUGAUCCCACAGUGGAGACAUCUAUAAGUCUACCCUGUAAAAUGAAAGGCCUCCAACAGGCGUCAGGUUUCCAUUUUCUAAGGAAAGAAUCUCCAACCUGUUCAACCUUUUCUUGCUGGAAUAAGCUGUCUAUUCUUGUGUCUCCCAAUAAUUUGUUUUAUUGCAUUUGCUCCAGUGCCUUUAUUUUCCAUACAAUAUUGAGACAUGAACAGUUCAGACUACCUUGUGUAAUCUAACCAAGAUUGUAUGGAAGCUUAACGUAACUCAUGUGCUUUUAGUUCUAGUCUGCCAGAAAAUAAUCCGGGUGCUUAUUUACUAAUUUGUGGCCUUGUUGAACAAUAUCAUUACAUAUAGUGAUUUAAGUAUCCGCACCCCAAAACUCUUUGCUAUUCUACCCCAUUGGACGUUUACUUGUGAAAGAGUAUAUAAUCUCUUUAUUCUUCCUGUGACAAAAAAACUUACCUUAUAUUUAGCUAUAUUGAAGUUCAGUUGCCAAUUGCACACUCAUUCUAGGAGAUUAUUAGUGCCUUCCUGUAUUUUGUUGUUGUCCCUCUCUGAAUUUAUUACACACCCCAAUUCAAUAUCUUCCGCUAGUUUUUAAAUUAGGUUUCCAAUUUUUAAGCCUAGAGUAGUUCAUUGCAAAUGUUGAUUAUUAGGGUCCCUUAACUGGUCCUCACGAAAAUACCACUUUCCACUUUUUGCUAGUCUGAAUAAUUAUGUUGAACCCCUUUGCCUGCAUUGUCACCAGCAUGUUAUCCAUUCUGAUACUUGUGGUUUUAUUUGUGAGUCAACAAAACGGUAUGUUGUUGAAGGCCUUGUCUUCCUUUUCUGUUACUUUUUUCAAGUAAUUCUAUGAAGUUGGUACUGUAUGUUCAUACCUUAGGAAUUCCAGGGUCUUACAUUUUAAGUUUCUAGAUGUUUUUUCUAGCCUUUCUUUGAGUAAGGAUUCCAUCAUCUUUCCUACGAAUGAGUUAAGCUAAAAUAGUCCUUUGGACAUGUUUUAUUGCCUUUUCUAACAAGCAAAAUGGAUUUAAAUCAAUUUUAAAGUAAAAUGAUAAUGACAUGUUAUCAAUUUUCUUGGAGUAACUAAAGAGAACAUUUUGUUUGAGAUGUUAAUUUACUUUAAGAACACAAUAGAGCAGUUAUUGUUCUGUUGUAAUAUGCAGGAAGAUUAAAAUUUCUGACUGGUAUUCACAUUUGUUUGGUUGGCUACAUUAUUUUUAUAUUGCUUGAACACUUUUUAAAUAAUUGUAAUACCAGCUUUUUAAUAUGUUACCAAAGUGUAUAAUGUUAUAAGAAGCAAAAUUUUCUACUAAACACAAGCAUAUAUUACA